AUACGCGUCUUCUACAAAACAACUUCAGAAAGAGUGCUAGAAGUCAAGAAUGUCGCACAAGUACUCCAACACUGGGAACAGAAGAAAGUCGGUGUUCACUCCCAACAUCAACAACACAAAUCUCAAUGAAGCCUCAGCUCAAACAAUAGAAUUGGAAAGAUUAGAACAAGAGAUAACAUUAACGUUACAGACAAUUGACAAAUCAUUCGCCAAAUCACACAAGAUCAUAAAUGAUAGAUUGAUACCUAUAGUGAAGAAAUACCAUAAUAGUUCCAAAAAGAUAUGGCAAGGUGUGAGCUUUUGGAAGAACUUUCUUGAAACAAGUGCAAAUGUCGAGUUAAGAGGUUAUGAAGAAGCUGUUCAAAAUCAAGAUUACACCGAAGAUGAUCAAAUACCCGAAUCUCAAGAACAGGGGUCACAAGAAACACAAACUGGUGAUACUGUACAGUUGAACGAACAUUUGAGUCCAGUUAAAACUGCAGGUGACACAGGUAAUGUGAUAAUGGAGAGCACAAACCAUACAAUUCAACAAGAGUUUCAAAAAAGAUACACUGAUCAUUUCCACGAUGAUACAAAUCCAAAUGACCAAGACACAACAUCAGCUGCUUUCAAAAGCUCCACUCCUAAUAAGUUGAAAAAUAAUCCAAUAAUGCCACAAGUCAGAUCUCAGAAUAAUUUAGGUUUUGAUACAACAGAUAGUAUAUUACCACCAAUACCCGUCAGUGCCAAUUUAUCAAACACAAACGGAACAGAUGUUAAUCAAACUACACCAACCUUACAACGUUCAAACACAGAUAUUCAACAACCAAGAAACUAUAUUUUGCAUAAUAAUCUGGAUACAAAUUACAAAUUGGAAGUUUCCCCUAGAAAGAAGCACCCACAUCAACCUGCUGUUAAUUCAAUGACACCCAAGAAACCACCUCAAAAGAAACGUAAAUCCAUAUAUGCACAAAAAUAUGAUUCAUCACCUUUUGAGAUUGAGGCACCAAAAUUGCAAUCAGAUGUUCAAUUUAGUCCAGUUAGACCAAAUGGACAAACAACACCAUUACGCAAACAACAAACACAAGCUUCCCAGCAACAACAGGAUGAAAAUCAAACCCAAAGAUUCCCACACACACCACGAUAUGGAGCUGGGGGUAAUUUGUUGAGAACGCCAGGUCAAGUGUCACGUACAGCUAAUCGUUAUAGUAACCAUGGGUUCCAACAAGAUGAAGAUCAACAAAUUAACCAAACAAACCUUCAGCUGGAUGAUUCUGAGCAGACACCAAACAUUUCACCACCUGUUACAUUAAAUUUUGCUACUGUUAACAAUAAUAACAAUACCACUACACAAAACUUGAGGAGAACUCCUGCAAGAGAAGCGGCUCAAAACAUUGUUAAGGACAUUUUAAAUAACGUCAGUGGUGUCAAUGAUUCUGGAUUGAGUGGAUUUGAGGAGUUCAAUGGGAAUAAAAUACGACAAUUUGAUGAUACAGAUAAUCAAGACUCUUUAUUUAAUGAAAAAACAGAGAAACCAUUACAGCAGCAGCAGCAACAACCCACAGAGAGUGAAGUGUUGGGAGGUCAAGAGUUUGAUGACUUUUUGGAUAACAAAUAUCGCGAAACGAACAAGAACGCAGAAACUGAUUGGAGUGAUGAUGAUUAAAAAAAUACACACAUAUUGUCUGUCAUUUCUCACGGGUAU